CUGGAAUAUUCUUCUCACUCAAUUUGUCCAACAAAAGAGAUAUGGAACCAUGCCAAACGAUUGCAACUUUGUCGACCUUCUUACAUCAGAUAACGCAUGGACGCAAUAUCUUGAAAAAAUUGAAGAAGAGAGUAAACAAGGUCAUCAUAGUCUCGCCAUUGACGCAUCUUGCCGUGCCAUCGAUGCCAUCAAUCAUUUGAGGCUUUUGAUCCUUUAUCAACGACGCGCCAUGGCAUACGCUAAAAACUGCCAAAUCCAAAAAGCACUCGACGAUGCAAGCCUCAUGAUGCGUGUCGCUCCUCAUUCGACGCAAGGUUACAUAUGUGCAAGCGAAAUCUACAUGAUGUGGGGCAAGGCAGGACGGGCGGUCGAGGUUUUGGAAGACGCCGUGAACAAAACAACUCCAGGAGCAGAUAGCAGCACCAGCGCAAUCAUCACUGAAACAGAAACAACUACAGAAACAGAGCUAAAAGCACGUCUGUGUACAGCAAAAGAAUGCCAUGAAAAACGAGUUGAUUUUAUUACCUCGCUGCCCACGGAAAUUAUGAUGCAGAUAUUCGGUUAUCUCAACUGGUACCCACAACGAAUAUUAAAACCGCUCUGUGUAUCUAAAGCAUGGCGUGCUAGGAUUCUAGGAUGUCCGAAUGUUUGGGAGAAAAUAGUUGCCCUCAACCUUCAAGAGGAAGAGCUCAAUUUAGUAUGCGGCUUCCUACCUAUCGUCAGCAGCACUGUUAAGGAACUGGAACUAUCUGAUUACGGGGCGUACACAAAGUUAUUUCCUAUCUUUGCUGCACUAGCAGAGAAACGACGGUUUUGCAACUUUCGUAAGCUGACCAUUCAUUCAAAUCGUACUGGUUUUAACGAUCCGAUAUUCAGCGCUCUCUUAAAUGUGGGUGCCCAAUUGACAAAGCUGAGUCUUAUCCUGUUUGACGACGAGGAUGAAAAUAUGAUGCCAUCUCUUUUCAAGGUUCUCGAACUAUGUCCCAAUAUACAGGAUCUGAUAUACGGCGGUAAUGGUAUGCUCAGCGAUAUUGAAGACGUUAUCCCAAGAACAAGGACUAGCCAUGGCAUUACCCGGAUUCUCCUACUUUGCUCUUAUCUAUCCCAUGGCGCUUUCGAAUUCGUUCUACGACGAUGCCAGCACCUUAGAGUGCUGAACAUAAAGGCAGAAGUGGUAGAGGGCGGAACUGAAAUAUGCAGCUCAAUCCAGGAGCUCGGCACUCAUCUGCAAGCUUUUGCUUUUAACAAUGAGGGGUAUUGGUACAACAUGCCACAACAACAAAAAAUUACUUCUGGUGCUGGUGCUGCUCGUACUUACAGCACUGACUACAACAAAGCUAAAGGCGAUCAAACACACGAUUCUGGUGGACUAUUACAACUACGCGUAACAGACGAAAUAUACUGGUUAUCUACACUAGUACCGUUGCUUUCUGCCCAUCACGAGACGUUGCAGGAGCUGGAUAUACCAUUAAGGGUACUUCCAGUAGGUGGAGGGUUCAACCAACAGCUUCGUGCCUUGGGACGCAUUUCUUUUCCAUCGUUACGCAAGUUAGCCAUACGAGACAUUCAAAGGACGCAUAGUACCGUUGCAGAUUUGAUCAAACAGUGUGGGAUGCUCCAAAGUCUUUGUCUGUCGUUCGCCGACGAUGAAUCAGCACAAAGGGUCUUUAUAGCGAUGGCCGACAACAUCACUUUACUCCGUGAACUGGAGGAGCUAGAGAUUGUUGCGUGCAACUCUAAUCACAAGUGUUCCAUUGCUCCAGGUCUCACGGCGUUUUUCGAGGCGUUCCAAGCACUAGGCGUCACUCAGUCUCGACUACGACGCGUCAAACUUGAAGAAGUGGAUCUGUCAUGGGCAAUCUCUUCCUGUUCGGCGUUAUCCUUAUUGGCUAGUCUUCCUACCAUUCGCAUUAUUGAGCUUAUUAGAGUGAUGGUGCCCAAACGGCUUAUGGAUCAAUUUGCUCAAAAAGUACAAGAGGCUGGAACUUUGGAGGAGUUAAAGAUAAAUGAACUCGACGAGCUCACACUUGAUGAUGAUACGUUCCAGUGGUUUGCCUUUGCUCCUUCAUUAAAAUCACUCGCGCUGCUUAAUCUUUCCAGCAUUACCGAUGAUUGUUUGAGUUAUUUCGAGGACAACCCUGAGGGGAAUCUUAAAGCCCUUAUAAUAACCGAAUGUCCUCUAAUCACCAGCUAUGGUUUGCAAAGGAUAGAUAAACUUAUUCCUAAAGUUUACUUCUACCGCUACUAGUUUACAAAUGCUAGCAGUAAUAAAAC